AUGACUUGUGUGUCUUCUCCUUCAUUCUCUAUUAGCCUGAAUGGUGGGAUGUUUGGUUUCUUUAAAGGGAAAAAAGGGUUAAGACAGGGUGAUCAUGUCUCUCCUUUGUUAUUUGUAUUAGUGAUGGAGUACUUCACAAGGAUCCUAAGGAAAAUGAGUAGAAGGGAGGAUUUUGGAUUUCAUUAUAGAUCUGGCCUUAAGAUCACUCACCUUGUAUUUGCUGAUGAUCUCAUGAUGUUUUACAAGGGUGAACUCAGAUCUAUGAUGUUGUUAAUUAGAGCUUUGAAAACAUUCUACAGAGCUUCAGGGUUACAGGCAAACAAGGAUAAAAGUGCAAUUUAUUUUGGGAAUGUGACUGAGGAGAUUCAGCAAAGGAUAAUUCAAGUCUCUGGGUUUACAAAAGGUCAGUUUCCUUUUAGAUAUUUGGGAGUGCCUAUUACCUCAAAGAGACUCACUAUAGCAAAUUGUGAUGUUCUAGUUGAUAGAAUUAUGAGAAGAGUUUUGUGUUGGACUUCUCGAAAUCUUUAUUAUGGUGCCAGAAAUGUUCUGAUUAACUCUGUAUUGUUGAGUAUUCAUACAUAUUGGUCACAGAUCUUUAUGUUACCUAAAGGUGUGUUGUUGAAGAUUAUACAUAUUGUAAGAGCAUUUCUAUGGGAGGGGAAUUCUCAUAUACAUAAACCUCCACUUGUUUCCUGGGACUGGGUUGGUAAGCCUAAGAGCAAAGGUGGUUUGGGAGUGAGAAAUUGUGUGGUGUGGAACAAUGCUGAUAUAGGUAAGUAUACAUGGCAGAUUGCUCAAAAGGAUGAUUCUCUCUGGAUUAAAUGGAUCCAUAGCAUCUAUAUUAGGGAUGCAAACUGGUGGGAAUACCAGCCAAGAGGGAAUGUAAGCUGGACUUGGAAGCUUAUAUGUAGAGUAAGAGAUUUGUUUAAAGAAGCUUAUCACAAUAACCAAUGGCUUGAUGGUAGCAAGGCCUAUUCAAUCAAGGAAGGUUAUAAAUGGCUCAGUGGGACACAAGAGAGUGUUAGCUGGCACCACUGGGUCUGGAUCCCUGUCAACACACCAAAACAUGCAUUCAUUUCAUGGCUUGCAGCUUUGGAUAGACUAAGGACAAGGGAGAGGCUCAAGAUGGCUGGUUUCCGAGGUGGCUCAUGGCUUUGGUUGAGGUGCCCUCACCAUGCUGGAGCUGAUUUUGCUGCUUCAAGCUCGGAGCUACCACUCCUCACUGGAGCUCCAGCUCAAAUUGGGUAG